AUGAAGAACGUCCUCUCCACUCGGGUGAAUCUGCCCUACUUGGAAGAACUAGGAUCUACUGAUGAAGAAUAUUUCGAAGAUGAGUAUAUAGAGUUUUUGCAGGAAGAGAAAUUUCCCAAGUAUGUAAGUUUGGUUAAUGAUAUAUUGGAUUCGUACGAUGAUGUGGAGAAUCUGAAAGAAUUCACUGUCGAUGUGCCGUCUUUCGAGGGAGGCAACCCCGAGAGGUGGUUCGAAUUUGCAUUAUCAUCAACAAAGAUCGAAAGAAUCGAAAUAAACCUGACUUAUUUCUUCAACAGCGACAGUGGAUUCUACACUUUUCCGAGGCUAAUUGCGAACAUGGCCGGUCUACCGGGGCUCAACUCCCUUAAGGAAUUGUGUCUAAAAUACAUUCAUAUAGAUGAUAUGGAUUUCGAUUUUUUGGUCACGAAAUUGGUUUCUCUUGAGAAACUGUCCAUCGAAAACAGCGAGAGGUUGAAGAAGGUGGUGGUUAAUGGAGGAGUAGAAAAGUUGGAGGAGUUGGAGAUAUGUGACUGUUUGUACCUCGAAUCUGUUGAGGUUUCCAAUGUGAUGAACCUUGUUUGUUUAAAGUGUUGGGGAUCAAUGGAAUAUAAGUAUAUUCUAAGGCUCCAUAAUGUCCCCAAACUUACUCACUUCCAAACUUCGGGCAACCUCACAAACUCAAUCGAACAAGUCUUAUCUGGAAUUUCGGUAUCCGUACGCGAUCAAUUGCUGCGCCUUAAGCUCGCAACCAACCCCUUGUGUAUGUCGAUCCGUGAUAUUCCCAAGCUAAAAAACCUAAAACAUAUGGAGCUGCUAAUUGACAUGCAUGAGAGAGAUUCUGCAUUUUCAUUCUUUCAACUAAUUGAGGCAUGUCCUCUUUUAGAGAAACUCGAGGUCAAUUUUUGGGGGUACCGGUGUGAUAUGGUGAAAGAUGGAGAACCUGAAGAGUGGUAUAGUCAGCGACAUAAGCAUCUCAAAACGGUGACGUUUUCGGGAUAUGUGGGGUGGCCAAUUGAACUUGAAUUCGCUAUAUAUAUAUUGAAGAGUGCUGUAAGACUGGAAGAAUUUAUCGUUGAAUCUUGUGAUAGAUAUGAUACAGCCAAGAAAGAGGCUGCUGCAGCUCAUGCGCGGGAGAAAUUUCCACCAUUGUUACGUAAAUUUAAGCCAUUCUUUGUUGUUCAACCGGAAUCGCCUAAUUUGCAUUAUGUGGCGAAGAAGAAAUUAGCUAUUUAG